CGCGGCGCGGGCGAGGAGGGAGGAAGAGCAGAGGCGAGGACGGAGGGCGGGGGGCGCGAGGCUGGCCACCUUCGCCCCCCCGCGGGCGCCCGAGGUGCACGCGUCGCGACUGACUCGGCAGCCAGGUGGAUUUCCUUUGUGUUUAAAGAAACAAAACAUGUCCCCGUGUCUGUAGAGAUGCUUUGCAGUCCGGCCCGGCUGAAGCUGACCGAAUGAGACUAUGGGCUGUGCCUCCGCCAAGCAUGUUGCCACUGUUCAAAAUGAAGAGGAAGCCCAGAAAGGGAAGAACUACCAGAACGGAGAUGUGUUUGGCGAUGAGUAUAGGAUCAAACCAGUGGAAGAGGUCAAAUACAUGAAAAAUGGGGCAGAAGAAGAACAGAAAAUAGCAGCCAAGAACCAAGAAAACUUGGAAAAAAGUGCCAGCUCAAAUGUAAGACUUAAAACUAAUAAAGAGGUUCCGGGAUUAGUUCAUCAACCCAGAGCAAACAUGCACAUCUCUGAAAGCCAACAAGAAUUCUUCAGAAUGCUGGAUGAAAAAAUCGAAAAGGGUCGGGAUUACUGUUCGGAAGAAGAGGAUAUCACAUAGCACCGAUUCUACCACACGAACCAGGAGCUACUACUGUGUAAAUAGGUUACACCCCAGUUGAAAUCUUUGCAAAGGUCGGUUCUCUUCAACAAACAGCACAGCAAAAAGAAGAUCGUUCCAUACCGUAUGCCCCAUUCAAUUACAGUGUUUCUUAAUGAACUUGCAAAGGAAUAUUGCUAAAAACAAAAAACUGUUAUCGAACUUUCUUUGUUGCUGCUAGUUAAAACUUGUUGCAACUUUUCACUUCUCUCGUGUCCAGGUAUGCAGCAAAAUUCUGCAGUUUCACCUUAAAAGAUACUGUUGGUUUUACAGAUGCUCUCCAACCUAUUUUCUAUAAGAUGAGGUAGUGGUGAACUCACAUAUCAAACUUCUCUUCUAGACCGGUUCUGCUUCUAAGACAAGCAUCUCCUGCCCUCUCUCCUUCCUCCCCGUCUCUCCCAAGCAGUGCAGAGACGGCCUGAGCCUUGCUUCUCACUGGCAAUGUUGAGCUUUGGAGAUGGGAUGGUUGCUAUGGCAAGCCUUGGUUCUCUGCUUGGAAGAAGUAGAGAGGCUGUUAGCAAUUAAAAGCAUGUUGUGAUAUGACUCCCGGAAGUGACAUAGGAGCAAGUGGCAGGUUGUUUCAUUUAAUAGGUAUCUUAAUCAAGGAUUCAGCUUGCAACAUUGGCUUUUGCUCAGAUGCAGAUGGAAGUGUGAUCAUAAUCAUUUUGAAUCCCUCUUCCUCACUUUUUUUUCUAAGAAAAUAAACAUUUUACUGUUUUUAUGUAUCCUUGUCUUCUCCCAUUCAUCCAGCUCAGUGUUUUAAGAUGAUCCCUGGGUGUGGAGGUCGAGCCCUCCUUUGCAGCGACACUGAUAAUUGGCCUAACCGGCUCCCUCCCCUUCCACCAACAAUCGACCAAACGUGAGCAGGGUCCUAAGUGGUCCCGAGAGGUGAAGGGACAUCCCAUGACUUUUUAGGAGGGCCUUGAAACCACCCUGUUACCUUUCAUUUCAUGAGCAAAUAGACCAUCUUAUUUCGUAAUCCUCCCCCUUCAAAAUGCUCCACGAGCCUUGCCACUUCCUUUUUCUCUUACAUCCAGCCCUGGAUAAUACCUGAGAAGUGUUUGGCUACUCGGAAGCAUAGUGCAUUUACACUGGUGAUGAUGUUUGGAGAUGAGAAAGCCAAAACCCCUGGCAGUGGUGGGGAAUGAUGACUGUGUGUUCAGUAGAGUUUAUUUUUCCAUAUUAUAUGAAGAGAAUGAUCUCUUCUCAAAGACAGAAGUAAUAUUUUUAACAAAUAUUGUCACAAGUAAAUAGCAAUCAAAAGGAGAAAAUAACUUUUGUAUUUUUUUAACGUGUUUGAUAGCUUUGACGGGGGUUCUCUUUGUUACUUUCAGGGGAGGGCACCCUGUUAAAUGCCAUGCCAGCAGUCGGGGGCUGGGUUGGUCCCACGGAAACGCAGGAGCACUCACUGUGUGUGUCUCUCCUUUGUGGUUGUGAAUCCGAAGGGCCUUGGUGUCAGCCACACUGCCACCCUGCAAAGGGUAGUUAAGAUGUUCCCUGUGAAUUUGUCCUUGCUGAGAAGAUGAGCCCUGACUUUAAAACCUAUCCACAUAAUUGAUGUCACCACUGAUGGGUUCAUGGUGAGAUUCCCUGUCUCCUUCUAGACCUGGGGCAGCAAACGCAAAGGGCAGGAAACUCAGUCAAGUGCUGCAGAAAAUGGACUCAAAUAUUAGCAACAAAAAUCCCUUAAUUCUUUGAGCCAGCAGCAGCUAUUUUGGGGAGCAGCUGUGGUUGUUACAUAAAUAGAGAUGCAGCCAAAAUUUUAGGCUUUUUAUCCUGCUUGAAGCAGAAAAAUGCAGGGGGAGUCAAGUCGCCUAGGGUUUUAGGUUCCCUCCCCUUCUAUGGUUUUUGGCCAAGUGACCAAAAUAGUUUUCCACAACUGUAAACGAACUGCUAAGCCCCACCUCAAACUUGGUCACUGGGAACUUUGUUCACUGUUUUAGGGAUGACUUUUUCCAGCACUUCUUGUUCUUAUCAAGCAGGAAUGAGGCAAAUGCUGAGCGUCUUCCAUCUGAUUCCUCUACUUGGUGUCUCAGACAGUGUCUUCCCGGAAAAUCACCACCCUCCUACCGAACAGGAAACAUGCUCAUCCCGUGUUUCUCGCAGUCAUGUUUAACAUUUUGACAUGUUCCACGUGUACAUAGAACCAAGUGUUUCUUGGGAACCUGACUUUUGAGUGUUUAAUAAAACCGGAAGUGUCGUUCCCAUGAACUGGUAGCUCUUCACCUGGAGCUCUGUCUCCCGUGUUUAACCCUGGGUGCAUUUUUGAUGUGCACAAGUGACUUCAUCUUCACACACAUUUGGUACAUCUAGAAAUAGAUCCGAAAAAUGGGGUGGUUGAGUGGGUUGGCAUGAAAUGCUUGGUUAUGUUAACAACACUCAAAACUCUGUUUUCCAUUUGUUGGUUUUAAUCAUAAAAUUGUCAAGUGAUUUGUGUUUGUACUUUAUCUUUUUUAUACCUUCUGAAAGGAUCUAAAGCAAAAAUAUUUUGCCUCCCCCCCCCCCCCGUGUAUCUGAACAUUAAGUAGAUUGCCUCAGAUUCAGUGAAAGAAAUAAUCCAAUGUCCCUGCUGGUGGAUCCUGCUAGUUAUCUCUGCAGGGCUCAGGGAGGGGGAAGGAGGGGGGCAAGGAAGUGGCCUGGUGGGUAGAGGUAGGAAAAGAAAGAGAAGGACACUGAGAGCAUUUAGCAGAGAGGGUUGAUGGGCUGGCUGUGCCCAGGAGCAACUGGAAGUCCCGCUGCCUGGUGGCCGGUGGGCAGCACAAGGCCGUCAGCAGGAUUUCCAGCUGAGCCACACACGCCUUAUGUACUCUGAGCUGCAGAGUUGUAAAAGUCCGUCAGUGUGUGCCCAGCUUCCUUUUGGUUGGCAGAGAUUCAGAAUCAUGGAGUGCUGUUCUCACAACUGAAUACGUGUUUGUUACAGGCAGAGAGCCUUAAAAGAGAGAGGCUUUACCUUGGUGAUGCCUCCUAGCCCCAGGCUUGAACCGUGAGCAUGGAGUGGUCUAUUUAGGGACACAGAAGGUACAAAGUGCAGAGAUGAGAAAGCCAGGUCGGCCCUCAGACACAGCAGCAGCCACACGCACACAGCCUGCUGGGAGACAGGUCUGUCCCCGUCUACAGGGCCCGCGAUCUGAGCCUGGGCUUUGAUGACUCAGAUAAGAAAUGGCCUGACGCAGGAGUAGCCUUGGUUCUUACUCCCCUGCGCUGGCACCAUCCUCACCACACUGUAAGACAAGGACACGCCUCUGUGUCAGGGGCUCAGGCAGCACUAGAAGCCACCAGGAGCCCCCUUCUCAGUCCCAUCUGAUGUCGUCCCACUUGGCGUUACAACUUUGUCCUCCUCCCGGCCUCAUCCCUUUUUUCUCUUAGGGCCAGAUUCUCCCAUAAGCCUCCUAGAAACAGAGUCAUACCUCCUAUGAAUUUUACCUCAGUAGCCUGUGACGCAGGUUGGCACAUUGAUUACGAGUCCUGCUUAGACUUUGGGCAAGAAUUCAACAGAGUGUUCCAUCUCUACUCAUCUUUUUUUAAAAAAUGGCAGAAUAUGUUGGUUUUUGUAGGAAGAAACAUCUUCUUGGGUUCUUGGACUCUGAUAUGUUCUUUAAGGAAGGCUAAGCAAUUGGUAUCUAAGAUCCUCUUCCUCUUCCUCUCACCUCCCCUGAGAUUACACUCUGUGAUUUUACAUAAAAUCUGCCUUCCACGCUCUGCCCCCUCGAGGGCACCCUCAAGAGCUUUAUUUCUUUGUACCUCUCAGAAAUUGGUCUUUUUGUUAAGUCGUUUAAAACCCCAGCAAAUAAAUAAAUAAGGCAUGGCGUGGGUCGGGGACAGGCACAUUCUGGCAUCACCAAAAGUUGGCGGGAGGCAGAAGCUUUGGCCUCUCGAUGUCCCUGCGUGGAGCCUGGGGACAGUGGCUUUCCCACUGCAGAUGUGGCAGUAGGAAACCUCCCGGAACCUCACAAAUGAGGGCUGUGAGUCGCCUUUUGCCAGUGAAUGGACAUGUUUUUCAGCAGCCACUUUUCUGUAUGUCUCUGGAAAGGGAUGGAAAAGCUACGGUGCAAAACGGGGAGAGUGGGUGAAUAUAUUUACCUUCGUGACAAACCUUGGGACUCGCAAUCCAUGCCAUGUUUCUCAGGAGACCCUUGUACCUUUUCUGGGAUGUAAUCUAAUCUUGGGAGAAGAGGAAAAAGGAGCAAAUGUGUGUUAUUUACACUCACUCUGUGCCAGAGACUGUGCUAGGCAUUUUAUAAUUGUUUUGUGUAACCCUCACAACGAUCCAUGAAGUGGAUUUAUUGCCCCCAUGUUCUAAGUGAUACAUGUUGAGUGUAGAAUGCAUCUAGCCACGUUGAAAGAAGGAAAAGUAUCAUUCAAGUAUUUUCCAAUGUUUUGUAUCAUGACUGCACCCUUUGCAACACUGUGAAAACAACCCCAUGGGGGCCUCUGCCUUCCAGAAUCUCUCUUUGGCUCAUCUCCAGUUUGAUUUCCUCCUGGGGAGCAUUGUCCUGGCCUUCCCUGGCUGCACACACAUUGUCCUGGCCUUCCCUGGCUGCACACACAUUGUCCUGGCCUUCCCUGGCUGCACACACAUUGUCCUGGCUGCACACAAGCCAGGAGAGGCUACUGGCUAGCAGGAGGACGCCAGUGCCCAGAAGGAAAAGGCUUUGGGAAUUCAGGUGCGUCUCUCCUCCUGGAGCCCUCCCGGCAUCUGGAAAAGGACCCUGGUACUUGUGCAGUUAGAUGGCAGAUGCAACUAGAACAGUCUUUUCUGAGUGCUAUGAUUUCUUUCCUGAGUUCCCAAGUCUUAUAGAUUCAUCACAGGCUGCAUCUUUUUAAGGUUAAAAGCCUUAACCUUCAGAGGGGCUUGGGAGAAUCUGUUCUCCAACCAGGGAGGAAAGACAAUGCCUGGACAGACCAUUGGCUUGCGUUGCCAUCCUUCUCGUGGGCUAGGUUUUGAUGUCUCUUCUUGAUCUCUGGGCUGGAGACCUGUAUCUUCCAGGCUAGUUUAAGCACUGAAACUAGAUGUGAAUCUCUUUCAAGACCGUAACUAUUUGAGUUAGCCAUGUAAUGACUUAGUUAGUCAUUUAAAUAACUUGGUCCAAAGUCAGAAGAGCCCAAGAACUCCCCAGAGUUCCUCUCAUUGCAUCUUAGGGCACAUCCUCUAAAGCAAAUGGCUCGUGUUUCCAUAGAAAUUGUGAAAGGUGCGGCCAGAAGGCACCCACCCCCACCCUUACUUAGCUUGAAAAAAUCAAAAGAGCUCCUGUGUGUAAAGGGGGUGAUGUGGCCAGUUUUCCUUUAAAAUCUGUCCCCAAGAUCCUGCUUCUUGCUAACCUGGCAGCUGUCAUACUCCUCCAAGAUGAUGUGGGAAAUGGUUCUUAUCUCUUGGAAACCAGAAAAAUUGCUUUUAUGCAGGAGAUUCACCUCAAAACUGAAAGCCCCAUUCUGAUAUUUUCUGCCCUCUCUGCCCUGAAUUCUCCCUUCUUCUCUUCCCAGAGGUUAUUUUUAGCCCAAGGCUUUGAACUUGAUUAAGACUUAGAGGCAGUAAAAAGAACAUCCUAAACUCAGCCAGAGAUGCCCUAGGGUCGCUAGGGUUGGAAAUAACUUCAGAACCUGAGGGGGCCACGUGGCAUUGACUCAGAGUGAGAGAAUAACUGUGGGUUUCCUGGAUUUUCAGUCCAGACCUUCAGGGACUGUUCUGUCUUGACAGGCAGAUGAGCAAGGGGAGUUUUGUAAUAGAUUUCAAGCCAGCUUUUCUAUCCAAAGCAAGAUGCAAAUUCAUAAAAAUCACUAUCUCUUCUCCUGGACCAGAACCAGGCAGCUGCCUUAUUAGGCAUCUAAAUUUGGAUCCAUUUUCUUAACACACACGCAUGCAAAGAUACGUAGAUAAAGAAAAUAUACUUUAUUGUUGAAAUACUUCAAGAAAGAGCUGUGUUUUGCCUUUCAGUAAUCUCAGAUAAUGUCUAGGAAAGUAUUAGUAUAACUGCAGAAAUACCAAAACAGGAAGAACUAGUGAUCACUCUUGCAAAAGUUUGAAUUUGACUCCAACAAGAAGACUGAGUUCUGCUGGUGGGCUCACCUGCGCCCCCCUGAACCAGGAUGCCCGCCCUGCUGCCUCUGUGUCACUCGCUGGGCCUGUAGCCUGGGUGCCCUGGCUGCACCCUUCCAGCCCCAAGCGCAUAGAGGACACGUCCCUGAGGAUGUGGGCCUGGGCCAGCUCCGUACGACACAGCCACAGCGUUCUCGCCCACUCUCCCUCUCAUCCGUGUGGCCUUGACUCUGGCAUUCCAGCAGCUCCCCUGGGACGCCCUGACAGCAGUGUGUGGAACUGGGAGUCCCUUCAUGUAGGUUGACCCAGGUGUAGCAUGUCUAGCAUUGCCUGUACCAGUCUUGAGGACUCAUUCAUGGAGCAGAUUAUUUAUGGAGCCCCUGGUACAGUCCAGGCACUGAGCUGAUUGUCAGCAACUCACAACUGAACCAAACCAGCUCCCACCCUCAAGGACCUGUCGGUCCUGGGGGAGGAAGCGUGGAAGUGGCCCGGUAGAGAAAAGGACUGGGUGCUGUGAGAGCAUCUCAUGGUAGCAGCCGGCCCAGCUGGGGGAAUCGGGCUGAAAGAGGUGACAUCAAAGCCCAAGCUUGUCCAGGGACCGAUGGGGAGCAUUGCAAAGAGCCUUUCAGCCUGAGAGGACAGCAUGGGACUCAGCCCAGAAGAGGGUCAGUGUGGGCCAGCCAGGGCCUGCGUGCAGUAGAGAGACUGGAGCAGUUGAGGAGGGAGGCAGGAAGAGCAAGGGAUAGCGACAAGACAGUCAGCUGGGCCAGCCCCAUAUGGCUCCCAGGGCUGUGCUGGGGUUCAGAGCAUAAAUAAGAGGCUUAGGUGGUGCUCUACCCUCUGCCCCCCACUGCCAGGGGGGUGAGUAGUCGUGAUCAGGGCCAGGGCUCCGCGCCUCGCUGUGGAAAUGCACAGCUGCUUGCUGGCCUGGUUCAUCCCAGCGGGUCCCCUGUCCCCACUCUGCCUGGACUCCUCCUGCUCUCGCCAACAGCGAUUUGAAUUCAGGGGCUUUAACCUGGGCUGGAUCUGGUUUGGAGACAUAAAGGGGACAGCUCUGGGUCAUCCUGACCUGUCUUUAGAGCCACCAAGGGUAAAAAUACCUCCUGGGACGAGGCUGGCCUAGACCCAGGGGUGAGAGCGCACCCUAAAAUAAACGUACGGGAAGCAGCAGAGAGCUUCCCUGUGUAGUGUGUGAUCCUGGCCACAGGCAGCUGUUCUUGGACAGCCUUCCCCUGGAUUAGGGGUCCCAUACACCUGGUGGCCACGCUUCUGCUAAGUCUCAAGUGCACGUCUGAGUCCUGCCAAAGAAAGGGGAUAUUUUUUAAAAAUUUAAAAACACAGAUGCACUGUGCGCAAAUGGAAAAUGCCCACAAGCCUAGACAGCUGGGGAGGGCCCGGUGGGGCCGGGGCUACCGGAGCUGGGAGCUCUGCAGGUGAGUCAGGGAGGCUCAGAGACCAGCAGCAUCCCACAGUGGAGACAAUUUGCAGUGCCUUUCAGGUUUUCCAAAGAACCUAUUCAGAGUUCAGAGUAUUGUGUUUUUUCUUUCUCCCCACCCACACCCCCAAAAAAAUAAUUAGAAAAAUUUUCAGAGGAAGAAAAAGCAUUAGAUGCAUCAAAAUAGCAGCUGUAAACCAACAUGGUUUCCAGAAGCUCAAGUAAAAGCUCAAACAGAAGACAGUUCCCCUGAGAGGUUGGAGGGAUUGGGGGCUGAAGGCAGUUUUCCUAGCUGAGUGGCUCUGGCCCUCUGCCUGGGGAUCCCAGAUGGCCCCUGCCACUCCUUGGGGCUGACUUCUUUUGCAAGACCCUCACACUUGCCCUGCUAGGGGCAGCCCAGCAUACAGCAACGCCAGCCUUCUGGACCCUUGGAAAGAUCUUAGCUCAGACACUCACUCUUUUCCCAGAUAGUCCUCUGGCUCUUGAACGAGGAAUUUCUAAUUCUGUGCCUAGUGGCUCCCACUUGAAUAUUCCACGGGCCUAGGUGUCUAGAUCAGCAUUUGGCCAGUGGCGAUCCUGAUGCUGGAAAAUAACAGAACCUUUGGCCUCUAACUCACUCACUUUAAAAUUAGAGCCCUGGAAGGACCCCUGGGGGCUGUGUGGUCAUGGAAAAGAGGCCAAGUUGGCCUUAGGGCGCCCGCUCCCCAUUUUCCGCCCUGGCCCACUCCCCACUCUUCUCCACCUCAUUGCCAGGAAGGGAUCGAAAUGCCUCCAGCCAGUCGCCAAUGUCUGCGUAUUUGUUCUUCCCAAGGAUAUUUGCAUUUGAUUUAGGAACAUGGCCUUAUAUUCAAAGAAAACCUAGUGGCAGGAUUACAAGGCAUAAGCUCUCAAUCGGGUGCAGGAGGUGUCCUGGGGCAUCGCUCUUCUGAACACCUGCGAAGGCUUCCUCAGGUGAGCCCGGCAGCCCAGAAGGGCGGCCUCCCCGACCACGCUGUCUGCACACGAACCCUGUAACGGGGUGGGCACCAUCUGUCUCGGUCACACAUGCCUGCCAGCACAACUUUGUGAGAUGCACCCCCUGUAUGUUUAUUCAUUUGUUUAAAGCAUAUAGUCCUUUACUUUUGUACUAACAUGUUAGGCACAUUAUAAAAAGUACGCAGCAUAGAAAUUUUAAAUGGAUGAGAUGCAAAAUAUUAUAAACAGAGGUUCUGGCAUUUUCUCUCAGAACCCCAGAGGGGGACCGUGAGUACCUCCUGGUAAGUGCGCACCCCACUUUGAACACCAUUGCUUUAGUGCAAAUCAGCGCACCCUACUGGCAUCCCAAACCACUGUGCGGCCCUCCGCCUGCGGGAAGGCAGACUCCCCAGGAACUUCUAAUCUGGGAGAUGAGGCAAAAAAACACAAACUCACUAACAGCAUAAAUUUAAAUGAUUCGAAACCCUGAUAGGAGAGCUGUCCCUAGACAGUAGUGGCUGCAGGUGCUCAGCAAAGCUCAGCAUGCUGUGCAGAGCAGGGGUUGUUCAUCCUCCCUCUCUGGGUCUCCAGGAAAGGACACUGGUGAUGUCGCAGCUCUCUCCUGAUUGGAAUUCUUUGAACCCUCAAAGUGCUUCGGCAGUGCCGCUCCCCACAGCACCGUGGGCCCGUGUCGCUUGAAUACUAUUUUUGAUUUGACCACCAAGAUGUUAAUGGUGAUUCUGUUCCGUUUUGCAAAGGAUCUGAGAAAGUGUACAGGUCUAAUUAUAUAUACAUAUUUAUACAUGUGUAUUUUUGUUUAUUGUUACAUUUUGACAUUGGACUUUCUAUUAAAUAAUUUUUAA